AUGCGGUUUUUGGACAAAUUAAAUCUCCGCCUACGUGGUGACAGUAAGGAGCGAACCGGCCAGACGCAACUGAUCAAACCAGAUCCAGCCAGUGUUGAUUCGAGACUCGCGCCAAUCCCAGGCCAAUUCGAGAAGAGUGUGGAAAUGCGAUUUCCCCUAAAAUCCCACAGUUUGAGCAACGACCGUAGAGAGACAAAUGGACUUCAGAUGAACAAGUUGGUGAUUUCGAAAAUUCCAAAACCAGCAAUUAUUGUACAUGGCAGUGGGCAAUGUGAAUCUAGUCAAAUUGGUGUUUCUGAUUUACCGAGUAGACGAACCUCUCACUUUGCACGUUCACUGCGUGACUCUUAUCGGAGAUUCCAUUCAGGCCAACCCAUCCCGGAUUCAAAAUCGAGGGCAGUGGCACAACUUCCCCCUGUCGGAACUGCUUUGCCUAUACGAAAACAACCCGUGUUGGAGGCUUAUCUGAAGAUUGUUUUGUCCGAUCACGUGGAUUCGGUGGAAACCGUACGAUUGUUUCGGGAUCGAGCCAACCACAGUGUGGAAACAGGUGUGGAAGAUUUUGAACGCCACCUGCGUUCAUACGAAAUAAACCCGGAGAGGAUGAACAGUAGAACAGAUGAGCUGAUCGAGACUACAGCUUUGAUGGUUUGGCUCUUGAAGGGCAAAGCAGUCGACGAACAAACAGUCUAUCAGAUCUUAAAUGCAUUCAGUCGUCUCAUGGAUCUUUGUGGGAAGAACAGAUGGAACCAGGCUACUUCGACUAUUCUAAUCUCACUUUCUGUCCAUGCGGUAUUAUUUGCACUUUGCUUGUUCCUUCUAAUACGUGGACCGACAAAAUCAAUUCAUCCACUGCUCCACUCGAAUGGAUUCAUGUACCAGUUUUGCAAAUUUUNGCAAAUUUUGGAGCGUAUGGCACGGUCGAAUGAUUACGCAACCCAUAAUUCUGUGCUGAUCGCUUUCACACAGUAUGGUGAAUUGCAUAAAUGUGAACGAUUUGCAAGUUUGGUCCCCAUCAUGCCUUACCUGACCAACCUCGAGCAUCGUACAUUGUUUCUGCACCUGAUAAACUCCUUACUGUUGAGAUCUGGUGAGGAUCGGGAAAAUCCCAGUGUGACGAAUCUCCUAUUGAAUGCUCAAAUUCGAUGGGAACUGAAUAUACUUGGGUUCAGUAAUCACUUGUCCAAAUGGCUCAAGGAAAGCACCCAAACGCAGCUCUUAUGCGCAAUCCAUAAAUACGACAGACAGAUUUCGAGGGAGCGAGAGCUGAUCAGAAGGCAUUUGAGUGAAAAUAUUGAGGGAGCAGACCUCAGAGACGAUCAGCUCAAUCCAUCGGUAAAGCAAGAACCAACUGGUAUACCGGCAGAAUUUCAAAAUCUUUUUUUUAUGCUCGGUCUGCUUCCCAGAUCUGGCCCAAAAAGAACUACAUAUAUUGCGUUAAUUGAACAUAUUGUCACCCAAAUUGUACUGCAACAGACAGAGGGACAUGCCUCCCAUCCUCCCUUGAAAGCUUUGGAUAUCCCAGUGAACGAGAUUGUGGAUCGGGUAAUUGCUAAAUCCUCUGUGCACAGUGAUAAACAGAGAGAACUCACAAACUGCGCAGUUCAAACAGAAGAAGAGCUGUAUCAAUCCUAUUCAACAAACAUUCAGGCAUCUGGUGGAUCCCUCACUUCAACUGAAACCGGCUCAUCAGUUGAGAGAGUUAAUACGGAUCUCAUCACCCAAGUGGAACGUUGUAAAUGUACAAUACCUACUUUACCUGAUGCAGCACAAACUACGCCAGUUCGAAGCACAAGAAUUGGUUGCGUGGUAUCAUCCGGGAAGGAGACACCGGUACAAUUAUUAAAAUUGGAGGAAUCAAUAAAUCCGACACUGGCAGUACUUCCACCGCAACCAGCACCCCCACCACCACCUCUGCAAAUACCACCACCACCACCACCUUUUGGAAUAAUCGGGCGACAGACUGCUGGGGUAGUUGACUCGCCACUACCGCAUAAUAUGAAACCAAAGCGACGGUUUAUAGCUCCCUAUCGACUCAAGAAAGUAUGCGUAUCACCGUUGAGCAAAAAUCGUCUUGAUGAAUGUUCCGUUUGGGUUCAAAUUGACGAAAGCCAACUACUGACCGAGGGAUUUAUCAAUCGCCUUCAUCGACGUUUCCGGAUCAAAUCAAACGCAACUAAGAUUGUGGACGAUCAGGAAAGUACAGUGACCAUGACCGUGGUCCCACCCAGUUUCUCCACGAAUCCGAACGAAUCCCAAUCCAAAGAAACUCCAUUUCAACGUUCUUUGCGAUUCGGUUCGAAGCGACUACAUGCAAAAUGUUCAACACUCAACUUGCUCCCAAUGAAUGCUUCACGGGCUGUGGCAAUCUCAAUGGCCUCCGCUCAUCUCAAUGCUGUCGAUGUGGCCCGCGCUGUGAUAGAGCUGAGAACAACCAUCGUCAUUCCAAAAUCUUCCCCGGUCGCCGAUUUGAAAACCACUGAACACUGCUUGGAUUCGUUUGUGAAUCAAAUGCUACCGGAAUCCAUCAUUGAUACACUGUGGAGUAAUCUUCCACCAAUGGAACAAAUUCUUCGCUUGUCCGAUACACCUGUGGAACAGAAUACACUCAUCGAAGCGGAUCAGCUCCUCGUAUUGCUCUCCCGAUUGCGACAUCGACUACCGGCACAUCUUCAUGCUAUCCGCAUGUUGCUCACCUUUGACAACACCGUAGAGCAAAUCAAAACUGCCUUCAUAGCGGCCAGUACAUGUCUGACGGAGUUGCGAAAUGCUGCGUGCAUACCCCGGCUACUUUCGUGCGGUCUUGCUCUGGUAAACGCCCUAAAUUCAGCCGGUCAGAUNGAAGCUGAACAGUGCAAACCAAUAAUUCCUGCAAGAAAACCUCUGGUCGGCUUUGAAGUGACAAAUUUGAUGCGACUAGCUGACACGAAAGAUACUACAAACAAACGCACUCUGGUGGAUUACUUAGCUGAACUGAUGGAACUAAACUUUGGGAAAUCUGCACAUAACUGGUCAGAUGAAUUGCCUACACUGACACAAGCUCAACGCCUGUUUUGUGCAAAAGAGGUGGAGGAAAGCCUGAUAGAACUACGGAAGAAUGUGGCCAGACUGGAAAUCGAUUUACUCGGGGUUAGUCUGGCACGGUCAUCUGCGAUGACUGAAGAUUCUUGCUCUGAGGAAGAACCAAUAUCGGAUGUGGUGCGCGCAAACUGUGCAUACAAAGACGUUAUAAGUCAAUUCUUGCAUGAAUGCGUCCUGUGGAAAGAAACCAUGCUUAACCAACUGCAUCACUCUUUCAGUGACCAAUUUGCUGAGAUAUCCACAUAUCUGACGCUGGAUCGAUCGAAAUGCACUGCUGAUCAGCUAUUUGCCGACUUUUGUGCCUUUCGUGGUUUGUAUCAAAAAACCAUCGUCUAUCAGCGAAAUACACAAGAGAGGAAAGUCGCACAAAAUAUUGAGUGA